GGGCGGGGCUCUGGGGUCCCUCAAAGGCGAGGACCCGAGGGUGCCACCCUGUCCCGCGCUCACAGCCACCUCCAGAGCCGUUGCAGCCACAGUCUUGGACGCGCCGCCAUGCCCAAGUGCCCCAAGUGCGACAAGGAGGUGUACUUCGCUGAGCGGGUAACCUCGCUGGGCAAGGACUGGCAUCGGCCCUGCCUGAAGUGUGAAAAGUGUGGAAAGACGCUGACUUCCGGGAGUCAUGCUGAGCAUGAAGGCAAGCCCUACUGCAACCACCCCUGCUACUCUGCCAUGUUUGGGCCCAAAGGCUUUGGGCGGGGUGGUGCUGAAAGUCACACCUUCAAGUAGACCCAGGUUUUGGAGACACCAUCUUUGGCCACCUACUGGGCCACUGGUCAUCCAGGCAGAUGCCAAGCCUUACCCCCAGACACCCAGGGCUCCCAGCAGUCCCUCAUGUCCUCAAUAAACCUGAACACUUGGA